AUGGGAACCGCGGGCGAUUCUCAACAAGUGACAGCCGCCUCAGUUUACAGCAUAGAUGCGGAGAACCAGACCAACAAUACCCAGGGAGAUGAUGUUAUAAAGCCUGCCAGGUCAUGGAAAAGUUAUGUAUGGGAUACAUGGGAGCUUCCACCAGAUCAGCGCUGGAUGCUGUUUAAAGUAGAUGCUUUCGUCCUCACAUUCGCAUCUCUCGGUUAUUUUUUGAAGAAUAUCGACCAGUCAAAUGUCAACAAUGCCUUUCUCAGUGGCAUGCAGGAAGAUCUCGAGAUGUUUGGCAAUCAACUAGUGACUAGCACAUCUAUCUGGACCGUGGGAUAUGUCAUUGGCCAAAUUCCAUCCAACUUAUUGUUAACCAGAGUCUCACCUCGAUGGGUCAUCCCCUCGCUGGAGGUAGGAUGGGGACUCGCGACUAUCUGUACAUCAAGCGUCAAAUCAUAUCAAGCUCUGUAUGCUUUGCGUUUUCUUGUCGGAUUUUUUGAAUCAGGAUUUUACCCUGGUAUUCAUUACUUACUAGGGUCAUGGUACACACCCCAAGAAAUUGGAAAGAGGGCUAUGAUCUUCUGGCUUGCCGGUUCAGUUGGCACUUUGUUCAGCGGUUUCCUCCAGGCCGCUGCAUACACUAAUUUGAACGGGACACAUGGUUACGCUGGAUGGCGUUGGCUUUUCAUUAUCGACGGUAUCAUUACAUUACCACUUGCGCUCCUUGGAUAUGUAUUCUUCCCGAACCUACCACAAAGCGGCAAGAAGACAUGGUGGACAACCCAAGACGAACAUCUUUUGUCAGUCAAAAGAAUGCAGAAGAUUGGACGUGCCGGGAAGCAGCCUUGGACUAAGGCAAAGGUGAAAGGAAUCCUGCUGAGUUGGCAUACUUAUCUUCUUCCAUUGCUAUACAUCCUUUGGAACAAUGGCAUUCCUCAGCCUGCUAUGGGUUAUUGGCUGAAGAGCUUUAAUGCCGACCCUGCUCCUCUCCCCGGGACAUCCUACACUGUCGCACAGAUCAAUAACUUACCUCUCCCUACCACGGGUGUACUCAUCGCCAUGUCAUUGGCUUGGGCGUGGCUUUCCGAUGGGCCAUGUCGAGGAGCUCGCUGGCCAUUUAUUUAUGCCGGUGCCAUUACUACUCUUAUCUUCGCCUCCCUAAUGAUGAAAAUGCCGUUUUACACGAAUCUCAACGGCCGUACGGUUAUUUAUUGGCUGAGCAAUAUUGGUGGCGGUGCCGGCCCUUUGAUCUUGAGUUGGAUCAACGAGAUCUGCUCCGAUGACACAGAAAAGCGAGCGCUGCUUGUUGCCAUGGCUAAUGACCUUGCCUAUGUUGUACAAGCUGUCGCUCCCAAUUUCGUGUGGAAAACCACAGAAUUCCCCCAAGCCCCCAAGGGAUAUACUUGGUCGAUCGUACUUCAAGUAUUGCUCAUCUUGAGCACCGCAACUGUUCAAUUACUUCUGUGGCUCGAUAAGAAGAAAGCCGCAAAGGCAAAGGCGGGUCUUUCAGCUAUUGACCCCCUUGAGUCAUCGUCUAUAGAGGGAGAUACAUCGGCUGAUCAGAUCUCAUCUAAAAUGACAUUCCCAUACAAGCACAUCUUGCUCGUCGGUGCUACAUCCGGAAUCGGCAGAGCGCUGGCCGAUCGUCUGAUACAAGCUGGCAUCAAAGUGACUGCCGUAGGAAGGCGCCAACGGCGUCUGGACGAGUUUAUUGCAAAACACGGCGAGGAAAAGGCUUCGGGGAUGAACUACGACGUCAGCAAUAUUGACGGUGCUCCACAAUUCGCCGCAGAUGCAAUCGCUCAACAUCCAGAUCUCGACUGUAUCUUUCUUAAUCAGGGGACUCAACGGAAAUACAAGUUGACUGACCCUAAAGAUGGGGACUUGGGUGAUUUCAGAGCUGAGAUGGACGUUGAUUUUAUCAGCUACGUUGCUCUAACUCAGGCAUUCACUCCGUUCUUAAUGUCCAGAUCGACUCCAACAAGUUUUAUAUUUACAACGUCGCUUCUGGCUCUGACGCCUGUGUCGAGAAUCCCUGCCUAUUCGGCCGCUAAAGCUGCGUUGAACGCUUUUAUAUACUGUUUGCGAGACCAGCUGAGGGAUUCAAAUGUUAAAGUGAUCGAGUUGGCUCCGCCUCUUGUGUCAACUGAACUUCACGAUUAUAUGGGCAUUGAGAAAGGACGAGGCAUGGGGAUGCCGGUUGAGCAGUAUGCUGAAGAUGCCUAUCAAGCAUUGGAAAAGGGUAGCGAUGAGAUUAUAGGUGGAAGUGUUGGACCCACGGAGGUCUUCCAGGAUCUAGUCGACAAGCGUCGUAAAAUCUUCGACGAGUUCGCCCCAAUUCUUCGUGAUCUGGAUUGA